CUCGUCGUCUGUCAACAUCGCCAUCAGCCAGUGAAGCAAACCAAAUAAGCUAGUAAGAUAUUCGAAUACCACUGCAAAGUCUCAAAGAGUUCGGAUAAUUCACGACGGACAAUCACAGAUCGAAAUCCAUAGCAGGACUGGCAUUUGGAAGAAUGGGAAAGCAAUCGAGCGCGUGGAUUGCUAUCAAGCAGAAAAGGAGAUGGCCAUUGAUGAUUCUGAUACUCCUCUCUCUAUCAACAGCCGUGGCGUUCCUCAUUAGAUCCACCUUCGAUUCUUGCACCAUUAGUUCUAGUAACAAUGUCAGCCAUUUCGCCCGAGAAAAGAAAGACGGAGAAGGAGGAGGAGGGAGCACCGACGAUCGACUUAACCGCAACGCUCGAGCACCGAGUCCAAAUCCUCUCGAUUUCAUGAAGUCAAGACUCGUUCUCUUAGUCUCUCACGAACUUACCCUUUCCGGUGGACCUUUAUUGUUAAUGGAACUGGCGUUUCUGUUAAGAGGGGUUGGCGCCGAGGUUGUCUGGGUAACUAACCAGAAACCAAUCGAAGCUGAUAACGUCAUUCACAGUCUGGAACAUAAGAUGUUGGAUCGAGGAGUUCAGGUUUACUCUGCCAAAGGUCAGGAAGCUCUGAAUACUGCUCUCAAGGCUGAUUUGGUAAUUUUGAAUACUGCUGUCGCUGGAAAGUGGCUGGAUGCUGUUCUUAAGGAAAAUGUUGCUCAAGUUCUUCCAAAGGUUCUCUGGUGGAUUCAUGAAAUGCGAGGACAUUAUUUCAAACUAGAGUAUGUUAAGCACCUCCCUUUUGUUGCAGGUGCCAUGAUUGAUUCACAUACCACAGCAAAUUACUGGAAAAACAGGACCCAUGAACGAUUAGGGAUUAAAAUGCCUGAAACAUAUGUCGUGCACUUAGGAAAUAGCGAGGAACUAAUGGAAGUGGCUGAAAAUCGUGUAGCCAAGAGGGUUCUCCGUGAGCAUGUUCGUGAAUCUCUUGGAGUGCGCAAUGAAGAUCUAGUCUUUGCUCUUAUAAACAGUGUUUCCCGUGGGAAGGGUCAGGAUCUAUUUCUUCGUUCAUUUAAUGAAGGUUUGCAACUGAUCCGGGAGAGAAAAUUACAGGUGCCAUCAAUUCACGCAGUGAUAGUGGGAAGUGACAUGAAUGCUCAGACAAAGUUUGAAACAGAACUGCGUAACUUUGUAUCAGAGAAGAAUAUUCAGGAUCGUGUGCACUUUGUUAAUAAAACCCUGACUGUAGCUCCGUAUCUGGCUUCUAUUGAUGUUCUUGUUCAAAACUCUCAGGCCCGGGGAGAGUGUUUUGGAAGAAUAACAAUAGAAGCUAUGGCCUUUCGGCUUCCUAUACUGGGCACUGCAGCUGGUGGCACCAUGGAGAUAGUCGUAAACGGGACGACAGGCUUGUUGCAUCCUGUCGGCAAGGAAGGCGUGUCGCCCCUUGCAAACAACAUCGUGCAACUGGCUAGAAACGUAGAAAGGAGGCUGACCAUGGGAAAGAAAGGAUAUGAGAGGGUGAAAGAGAGGUUUUUAGAGCAUCACAUGUCCGAAAGAAUCGCUUUGGUUCUAAAGGAAGUGCUGCACAAGGCAAAGCGCCACUCUCAUUCUUAAAAAAGUUCGAAAUCCGCAGCAGUACCUUAGAUUAAGCACGAAUGUCAUUAAGAUGAAUCACCUCCAUCUCAAAGAUCUAUAUUUGUAUAUCAUGUAGCAGAAAAUACCGUAGAUAUAUUCAUGUCAUAGUGGAAUUUUUCCAUUCUUUUUAGCACUAAAUUUGUAAUUUAAAAUAGCGUGAAGAAUUUAUCACACGUUAUA